GGAGUGAUAGGAGACACCAGGGGGAGAGAGGCGGAAGGAUUUGCAUUGGAAUGUUCAACGUUACCUACUGCAGCUUUAAACGGUUAGCGGAGCCCAUAAGCCUCCCUACCGCUUUUUCUUUUUCAAACUUUGUAUUCUGAGCUGAGCUGAACGUCCAACCAUGCCGCUCACCGUGAGGAGCAUAACGGUGCGCCACCACCCCGCCAAUGGCACCGACGCGUUUACGAGCGGCGAUUGCGUGUCGGGCGAAAUCACCGUGGAUCUGGCGAAGGACUGCGAGGUCAGCUGUCUGUCGGUUAAAUUCAAGGGGAAAGCCAGCGUGAUGUGGUCGGAAAGGAGUGGCAAAACUACGGUGGUGUACCGCUCCAAAGACAAGUACUUCAGCGUCACGCAGUUUUUCAUUCGACAACAAAGGGGCCCAGAAGAGGACAAUAUGCCACUGUUGACGGAUGUGAACGGGAGGGCAUAUAGCAACAUUCUUACCACAGGUAGCCAUGUCUACCCAUUCACCUUUCAGUUUCCUGACCAAGACAUGCCUUCCUCCUAUAAUGGUACCUAUGGUAAAAUUGUGUACUCCUUCGAAGCCAAGCUGAGCAGAUCGAUGAGAAUUAACAGCAAAGCCUCAACCAAGAUCAACUUUGUCUCAAAGGUAGACCCGAACAGUGUCCCUGGGCUAAUGAUGCCACAGUAUGGGUCCAAGGAUAAGAAAAUGAAGAUCUUUACCUCCGGAAGUGUAGGGAUGGACGUGAAUCUUGCGAAGACGGGUUACCACCUAGGGGAAGGAAUAAAAAUUAUGGCCUCAGUUCAUAAUAAGUCGUCUCGUGAAAUCAAGACCAAGUGCUGUAUAUACACAAAGCACAGCUUCUUUGCAAAUGGGAAGAGGAAGCUUUGCACCAAAGACCUCUUUAAAGUGGUUGGGGAAUCAAUCCCACCCUCAACAAACCGGAUUGUCACCAGUAUCAUCCACAUCCCCCCAGUUAUAACAACAUCUAUUCUCAACUGCAGCAUUAUUAAAGUGGAGUACAGAAUCAGGGUCUGUCUGGAUGUGAAAUAUGCCUUUGAUCCAGAGAUCAAAUUCCCAAUAGUCAUUUUGCCUGCCACGCAGCCACUUGCUCUUGAGCAACCCCCGGCUUAUGCUGGUUUUGGAUUUGAAACGUCAGGGACCUCAAACCAGCCAGCAUGCAGCGCUCCACCACAGUUCUCGGCGGCACCCCAACCUGCUGAACCGCCACCUCCCUACGACACAUGUGGGAUGUACCCUUCCUCCUCUGAUUUUGGUAAUAAAUAUCCCUGAAGGGGUUCAAAAAGAUAAUUUGAGCAUUUCCAGUGCAGGAAGAAAUUACACAGGUAGGACAGGAUUCCAACAGGCCUCUUUGCUUAUCAAAUUGUCAGACUGUAAAACUUUUUUUUUUCUCUUUGUGUAAUCACUUUUGCACAUAUUGUGUGACAGUCUUAUGCUGUGCUCCAGUAAAAUCGCUUUCUACCUAAGUACUGGAACACUGCCUCUUUGGAAAAAAGUGCUAAACUGCAAAAACUUUUGAAAGUUUUUAAUCUAUUCCAGUGGCCACCUUGAAUUUUGUUGUAUUAGCCAGACUGAAACGACGAUCCCCCGUACAGUUUUGUUCAUUUUUUUUACUUUAAUCUAUUAUUGGACUGUUUGUGUGAUUUUUGAAAUGGGGAUCCAAAGACUGCCACGGGUAAUUUUGCUGGUUUUAUAUAAAAUAUAUAGCUCAGGGGCUGCUGUUAAUGCAAAUGUAUUUUGGGGUCAUUGAUAUUUUGAAAUCUUUGAUUUAGUGUACUUGCGAUGUCCUGACAUUUCAUUUUAAGAAAUACUUAUUGAACUUGAGUUCUGUGCAAAAUAAUUUCAAUACCUAUCUUGUGCUUUUUUAAUACAAAGUUGUGAAAUCUGUUAUCUAGUAUCACUCAAAUGAAUACGGUGAUUUGGUAACAGUCGUUCAAACUGACUGUCAUCUUUUAGCCUACUCAUAAUCUUAGUAAAGGGUAGGUUGACUUGCUUUGUGAACUUUGAGACAAAAUGACAGUUCCUGGUUGGACAAGGUAAACGUGUAAACAGAGAGCUUUCUCCAGUUAAAAAAGUUGCACUUGUGGACUGAAUUUCAAUGCGUUUUAUUUGGAGGCUCCAUCAGAUUAACCUUUUAAUGUUUAACCAUUUAUGACUAGUUUUGUUCCUCUACAUUAUCAAUUAAUUCGUUUUUUAAAAAUAUUUUUAUAUCAUCUGUAUUUCUUAAUGUGUUUUUAUACCUUUAUUUAAAGCACUUUAUGAAAUGCCUUUAUGUAUGAAUAGAAGAACCCCGCUACAAUGUAGCGGUACCCCACUUCAAGUGGGGGUGGAAAGGGGCUAAAUGGCAAGUAGUAGACGAUGGUCACCAAGCAUAUUUCACAUACAUGACAUUGCAUACACAAUAACAUUAAAGGGGGAGAGGGUCACAUUUUCCAGGUUAAGGGGGGGGGGGGGUGUCCCAGAAAAAACAUUUUAGGUGAAAAAAUCAAAAAUACUCAGAAUCAUCUGAAAUGCCAAGAAAAGUGGUUUUUAGCCAUUUUUAGAAAAAUGCAUAUUUUGCAUAUUUAUGCAUAAUUAUGCAUUAUUUUAAUUUUCUGGGAUUUUCCCCGUACUCUCUGAGACAAUACCUACCACCUCCAAAAAGAAUUAAGAUCAUAAAUGCUUUAGUUUUCGGUCCCGCUAUCUACACUAACACCACACACACACACACACAUGCCGAAAAUAUAUGAGUAGAUGUGCUAUACAAACAAACUUGCAGUGCCUAUAAAGAGUCAUUCAAUAAAGAUGUUGAUGA